ACAUAAGCCUUUGACCUGGCGGUUGGUCUGUCAGUAUGAGUCACGUAUUGAAGAUAAUAAGACACAUUUUAGUUUCUUUUUUUUAACCACAGACACCAUUUGCUGUGAGACAGGACAGGUGCAUAGAUCUCCAGACUUUCAAGAAGCCAUACCCAAGACAGCACUGCAAUCAUGGGGGAAUGGGGCUUCCUUGGCGGACUCUUUGACAGCCUCCAGGCCCACUCGCCGAUGCUGGGUCGUUUCUGGCUCCUAAUCAUGCUCGUCUUUAGGAUACUGAUCCUGGGAACAGUAGCCAGUGACCUGUUUGAGGAUGAGCAAGAGGAAUUUGCCUGUAACACCCUCCAGCCGGGCUGCAAACAGGUAUGCUACGACAUGGCCUUUCCCAUCUCCCAGUACAGAUUCUGGGUGUUUCACAUCGUCCUCAUCGCCACACCUUCCCUGCUUUUCCUCAUGUAUGCCAUGCAUCACCAUAACAAGAGGACCAACCGCUCCAAAUUCGACCAAAUUUGCAACCACGACUACAGAGAAGAACUCAGUUUCAGGAGGCUUUACAUUGUCAACGUGGCCUUCCGCAUAUUGGCAGAAGUUGGCUUUCUGGUGGGCCAGUGGUUCCUGUACGGCUUCAAGGUGGAAGCCCAGUUCCCCUGCAGCCGCUUUCCUUGCCCCUACACAGUGGACUGCUUCACCUCCCGCCCUGCAGAGAAAACAGUCUUCCUCUGCUUCUACUUCGUCGUAGGGGUCAUAGCAGCGAUUUCCAGCUGUGCUGAGCUUCUCUACGGCUCCAUGAAGUGGUUCUGCACAAGGCGGGAGCCCCCCACCCCGGAACGCUCCUGUGUCUGCCAGAACCUCCAUAACAUCAGCAAGGAGGAAGCGGAGUUGGAGGAGAAACCACUAGGAAAGACUGUGUCACACAGUGCACCCAGCAGCAUGAGGCUGAAGGCAGGAUCACUGAGGAGCAGUGCGAGUAGGAAGGUCUCCAGCAAGCACAAGGGUGGCAAAUACGUGAGCACCAGGACACUCAUGGUGUGAGAGAGCAUGGAUUUAAACAUCUAUGUCCCUUAUUUUCAUCUAAAUGUUUUAAAGAUUUGACUAAUUCCUGUAAGCCAAAUACGGAAAGAAAUAUUUUUACUGAUAAUGACUGAAGGAUUUUAUGAUUGGAGAUAUCAUAAGGAAAUACUUGGGAGACCUUGAUUAGAUCAGGAAAUGAGCCAAGACAAGAUGUGACUGAUGGCUUUGAUAAGGCAGAUUUGUUGUUGACUUGUUUUUUCUGGUGAAUCAUUACAGACUAUAAACAGUUCCAGGAGGGAAAAAGCUGUUGGACCUGAUGCACUGAUUGCUUCUUUGUUUCAAACAGA